AUGCCAACACUCCUUCAAUCCCCGCUUCCCCAGGAAAUCCUCUCCCCGCAAAUCACCCUCCACCUCUUUCCCUCAACACAUCCGCACCUCCCCCAAGUCUCCGGACGAGUAGCGUAUUCAGCAGCAUUAUGGACCUCGCCAAUCGUAUGGGGUCAAUUACCUCUAGUUGGGAAUGUAAAGCUUGAGAUUCUUACCGAACGGAUGAUUAAACGCGCUGCGUCAUCGACUUGUCCUGAGCAACUCAUCGUGCGAUGGCGAACCAUCGGUAAGACCCGUGGAAAAGGAAUAGGAGCAUUCUACAAAGGAAUUGGACCUAAGGAUAGCGUGGAUAAGAUUACCUAUUGGCUCGGUGGCGGAAAGGGCGAAGACGACAGCAAAGAGUUUACAGGCCUCUUCAUCUUCGAAUUUGACGAGGAGGGCAGGGUGGCCAAGCAUACGAUAGAACACGUACAAGAAGGCGGAAACUGGGAGAAUGGCGUGGGUGCAAAGGUCGUUGGACUGACUGACUGGCUGCUCGGAGGCAUGAAGAAGAACGGGAAUGAAGGAGCGCCAUGUCCUGCUUUCUGGCGACAUGAUUCACGGAAAGUACAAGGAAGAAAGGGGUUCUGA